AUGACGUUUUUGUCUUUCGGCUUAAAAAUGUGCCAUUACCAAACAUGGAAAAUUAUAGAACAAAGAAGGCAGCUUAAAGUUGGCAGUUUUGAUUUAAACGGCUAUCGAAGCUUAUCAAGGGAAAUCCAAAGAAAUUGCCGGAAAGAUAAAGACAAAUAUGUGUCUAACAUUUGUCAAGAAGUAGAAAUCCAUUUACAUCGAAAUGAAACAAGAGAUCUCUUGCAGAAAGUAAAGUUACUGACUCGGGAAUUCAAACCCAGAAAUUACGCUAUAGAGGAUGAGACAGAAAUAGAAAUGAACUACGAGGAGGAGCAAAAAUAUUUGCAGAGACUUCUAGAGGAAGUUAAUAGUAAUGAUGAAUUGGAAUACGACGAUUCUGCGGAUAGUUCUGAAGAAGAUGAAGUUGAAAUACAAGAUCUCGAUACAGAUAGUGAACAGGAUAUACCAGAAGCAGAAAAUGAUGUUUUUGAUGAGGCAGAAGCACAAAAUAUUUGCCGGCGAAUUCCUAUUUUUUUAGAUGAAAGCGAAGAGGAAACCGAAGAAGAUACCGAGAUGAAAUCCGAGGAAGACUCCGAAGAGGACACCGACACCGAGGACACGGAAAGUGAAGCCCCCAGAAAGGCAGAGAGAAAGAGCUCCCAGAGAAAAAGAUCAAGAAGGGCUGUGAGGAAGGUGGCCUUGCAAAAGCUCGAAACUCUAUUUGAAGAUCAGCAAGAUCAGAUAGAAAAUAUUACGUAUCAAUCGCUUAUUGUAUUAUGUGACCUUUCCAUUGGCAAUAUCAAUGAUGGUAAUACGCCUGAAAGCGAUAAAGUGAAACAUAAUAUAAUGAAAAUGUACCUAUCAAAUCAACAGUUUAAACAGUUGAUAUUAGUCCAGUCGUCAUAG